UCGACACGCACCUCCAGCUUGGAACGAUACCAGCCGGCUGAGGAGGCAUUUCAGCACCAAGGACAGGCCGACCAGACUGGCUCCUCCAACCGAACCGGCGCACGCAAACUCUGUGUCCGGUAGAUCACGAGAUCCCCGGUCCUGCGGUGCAUGACUGCGUCUUUCAGAGGCGGUCCCGAAAGCAGGUCUCUUCGUAUUUACCUCCUUACCAGACCAACUUGGACUAUGUGCCUCUGAGGGAGAGAGAGAGCUGAUCUGAAUUGCGCUUAAAGAAGAUUCCAAUAUGUCAAGCACUCAGAGAGACAAUGGCUCUGCAAACUCCACAGAAGCCAAGAAAACAGACCCCAGAUUCAACGAGAAAAAAUGCUCAUGGGCUUCUUACAUGACAAACUCUCCAACGGUGAUCGUGAUGAUCGGAUUGCCCGCUAGAGGAAAGACCUACAUCUCCAAGAAACUCACACGUUACCUCAAUUGGAUAGGAGUCCCAACCAAAGUGUUUAACUUGGGCGUAUACCGCAGAGAGGCUGUCAGAGCUUAUAAGUCCUAUGAUUUCUUCCGCCACGACAAUGAAGAAGCCAUGAAAAUAAGGAAGCAGUGUGCUCUGGUAGCGCUGCAAGAUGUGAAGGCGUACUUGACAGAGGAGGGAGGUCAGAUUGCUGUUUUUGAUGCAACAAACACAACAAGAGAACGACGAGACCUUAUUCAAGAUUUUGUGAAGGAGAAUGCUUUUAAGGUGUUCUUUGUGGAGUCGGUGUGUGAUGACCCCGAAGUCAUUGCUGCUAAUAUCCUGGAAGUGAAGGUUUCGAGUCCAGACUACCCUGAGAGACACAGAGAGAGAGUUAUGGAUGACUUCCUGAAGCGGAUUGAGUGCUACAAGGUCACUUACCAACCUUUAGAUCCUGAUGACUAUGACAAGGACCUUUCUUUUAUCAAGGUUAUAAACGUGGGCCAGCGUUUUCUGGUGAACCGGGUGCAGGACUACAUCCAGAGCAAGAUCGUCUACUACCUCAUGAACAUCCAUGUGCACUCUCACUCCAUCUACCUGUGUCGACACGGAGAGAGCAAACACAAUGUUGAAGGACGCAUCGGAGGAGAUUCUGAACUUUCCCCUCGUGGGAAACAGUUCGCCCACGCUCUGCGUGGUUUCAUUGAUGAACACAAGCUGUCAGAUUUGAAGGUGUGGACGAGCCAACUGAGAAGGACGAUCCAGACAGCGGAAGAGCUUGGCGUGCCUUAUGAACAGUGGAAAAUCCUCAAUGAGAUUGAUGCUGGUGUUUGUGAGGAGAUGACCUACGAGAUGAUCCAGGAGACAUUCCCAGAGGAGUUUGCAUUGAGGGAUCAAGACAAAUAUCAUUAUCGCUACCCAGGAGGAGAGUCCUACCAAGAUCUGGUUCAGCGCUUGGAGCCGGUUAUUAUGGAAUUAGAGAGACAAGGCAAUGUGCUGGUCAUCUGCCAUCAGGCUGUGAUGCGCUGUCUCCUGGCUUACUUCUUGGACAAGGGUGCAGAGGAUCUUCCGUACAUGAAAUGUCCACUGCACACAAUUCUCAAGCUCACCCCUGUUGCAUACGGUUGUAAAGUGGAAAUGUUUUAUCUGAAUGUGGAGGCAGUAAACACGCACCGAGACCGGCCUCUUGGUAAAAUCCCGAAGGACUCUACUCUCAUACAUCGCCGGAAUAGUUACACUCCCCUGUCCAGUCAUGACCAGGUCAAGCGGCCCAGGCUCUACAGCGCAGGCAACCAGCCCUGGCUACCGCUUGCCCCCACCCCAUCCGCUUUGAUGCCAGAGGAACGGCAAAGCCAAACUCGGAUAGGAGGCAGCUGUCUGAGUCCCUGUGCGAAGGAAGCGACUUUGACAGCUCAGAAGAAACUAGUGGCUGUGUCCGCUUCUGAGUGAAGAUCACAUCUUCUUUCCUCUUUUACUCUUGCCACAGUGUGGACAACUUCUGAAUCCAGUCACGAGUCAAUCGAGUGUUUCUUUUGAAAAGCGGGCCGCUUCUGCAUGAGGUAACAUAGUUCUAGUUAUCUCAAGGUCUCCGUCUCGUCUCUGCAUGCCGAGGCUUUGAACAGGAAGCCUUAUCAUUGGUGUCAUAAAUACUUCUGCAUGCGCACAUAAAGAAACCAGUAAACGCACACAACAUACUAUAUCACAGGAAUGACAAAAAACUCAAUAUAAAUGCUGCAAUGCCUUACUGAACUUUAGAUAUACUGAUAGAAUUAGAUCCUCCAUAUGUCACUGAAUGUAAUAGGAAUAAGUUAUCCAUUGGAAUGAUGGAAAUCAAUUUACACAGUUAGAUUUAGAAAAAAUAGAUUCUGUUAUAUUUUCUAUGCAUAUCAAACACUAAUAUGCUAUAAAUAAACAAUCUAUAGUUGGGAAUCUUGUCAAAUUUGUUCCUAAGCCAUAAUUUAUGUCUUAAUUUGACAGAAUGUGCUAGUUAUGGUCUCUAGAAAAUAAAAGUAGUUUAUUUAGAUCUGCCUGUUCUGAAAGCAGUGAAAAUACACUAAAUUGCUGGAUUUACCAGCACUAUAUACCAGCAGUAGGUACCUUAUCUGUUAAGCAGGUGUUCACAUUCAAUCACAUUUAACACUACAACCUAAAUGUUUCUUUGUGUUUUUUUUUUCAUCAUACCGAUAUAUUCUGUAGAAGGAUUUUAUGUAGUAAAACUAAACAGCCAAACUUUAAGCUGUCUCCCUAUUUGUGUUCAUGUCAUUAUACUGGCUGUGAAUGUGUUUUAUUUGUUUUAUGCAAAUGUAUUUUGUUCCUGGAGCAAAUUUUUUAGAUUUUAUAUGAUAGAUCAAAGUUUUAGUUUAUGAUUCUGUAAUGUUUGUUGUUAAAUUGUUGUCCUGCUCAAAGCUGCCUACUGUGCCUUUUAAGCAGACAUUAAAAGUACAUUUUGA